AUGAUUCCUUUAAAUGGAAUCGCCUUGGUUACAGGCGCAGCUAGCGGCAUUGGACAGGAAUGUGCUUUAGCCUUUGCAGCUCAAGGUGUGGCUGGCGUUGUCUUCGCCGAUCUUGAUCUUGCUCAAGCUCAGGAAAAUGCCAAGAAAAGUGUUCAGGUAGCCACAAACUCUUCGUAUCGGACCCUUGCCAUUUCUGUGGACGUGGCAGAUCCGACCCAAGUUCGAGACAUGAUUUCUCAAACUCUUUGCAUGUUCGAAAGGAUCGAUUACAAUGUAAACUGUGCAGGGGUGGGCUCCCGAGAUGUAUCGAUGAACACUGCAAUUUCACUUGAGGAUAUAUCUCUAGAGGAAUGGGAGCGGGUCAACCGUGUAAAUGUUUACGGCAUUCUGCAUUGCAUGCAAGCUGUGGGUAAAGCAAUGAAGGCCCAGUCACGAAUUACGCUCACACACCGAAAUAAACCGAGAGACGGUGGCAAGGGAUCCAUCGUCAACAUUGGAUCUAUCCAUUCCUUUUUAUCAGCCCCUGGGACUGCCCAAUACACUACAUCAAAACAUGCUAUGCUGGGAUUGACACGAUCUGCAGCCGUCGACUUCGCCUCGGACGGAAUUCGAGUCAAUGCGAUUUGUCCUUCAUGGAUUAACACUCCGAUGAUAAAUAACAACGAUGAGCUCGCUCAGGUACAUCAACGACUGCCAUAUGCAGUUCCUUUAGGACGGAUUGCAGAACCAGAGGAGAUUGCGGAUAUUGCCCUAUAUCUUUGUAGUCCCAUGGCCAGCUAUGUUACAGGAAGUGCUUGGAUGGCAGAUGGAGGUUUCACCUCAUCUGCAAAACUAUAG